UAGUACUUAACAAGUGAUUAAGAACCGAUUAGUUAGUUAACUUUUUUUAAUUGAUAUUUCCGCUAUUGAUAUUAAAACAGAAAAAUAAAAGAAAUAUGAGUCGCAACCAUUUAAGUGGUGAUGAAACGGAACUUGUAACGUCCGAAGAUGAAAUAGAAAGUUUUUGCGAUUCUGAAUUAAAUUGUAGUGAUAUUAGUGAGACUCCAUGCAAUAUAGAAAAUCCAAAUCCAGAAUUGAACAAAGAUAUUUCUUGUUCAAAAACGUCAUCGAAAUCUGAACGAAAUUGUCCCUUUAGCAUAGACAGCAUAUUAGGACGAUCGAAUAACUUACAGAAAUAUAAUAUUGAUACGUCAUCGAUAAACAACAGUAAUACCCCAACGAUUACAAAAUCAUCUUCCAGUCAAUUAUCUCCGGAAAUUCCCUCCUACGAUCUUGGAAAUAUUUUAAAGAAAGACGUCUCAUCAAUAUCUUCCUACGAUAAUAAUAUAAAACGUUUGCAUCCGUUAGUAAAUUAUGGAGGAUUAAACUCUUCACCUGUUAUUUAUAGCAACUGGAUUGGUCUGCCAACAAAACCAAUUAUCGGAACACAUUUUAAUCAUCUACAUCAUCAUCAUCAUUUAAUGGGACUCCAAGCAAAGCGAUUUCGCAAACAAGGAAUAGACCGAAAACCGCGCCAGGCCUAUAGUGCAAAACAACUAGAAAGACUAGAAAAUGAAUUUAAACAAGACAAAUAUUUGAGUGUCAGCAAACGUAUGGAACUAUCAAAAUCAUUGAAUUUAACAGAAGUACAAAUAAAGACAUGGUUCCAAAACAGGCGAACUAAAUGGAAAAAGCAACUGACAUCCCGUUUAAAGAUUGCUCAACGCCAAGGAGUAUAUGAAAAUAAUAUUUACUUAACAAAUGUUGUUAAUAGUUCAAAUUUGGUGGUACCACCUAAUGCUGCGCCUCUACCUUCGUCAGCCACGGUUCCAGCCAUAUUUCCUCCCUACUAUGCAUCCGCAUUUUGUUUUGCAAACAACUUGUUAUUCCCCAAAAAUCUAUCUGCAGCUAACAGUUAUCUUAUUAAUUCGCAAUGCGAUAAUUCAUCAAAUAUUUCUUUAAAAUCUACAAAUAGUAAUCAAUCACUUGGUCUUAUUGCAAAUACUAGUCCAUCAUAGUGUUAGUUUUUAUUAUUGAAUUAAAAUUAUUUAUGCUAAUUUUAUACAAUUGUAAGAUAUCUAAUUUUUAAAUAUUUAUGUAUUAACUAUAUACUUAAAAUAUUUACUCCGUUUAUACAGAUCACAAGAAAACAAGUGAGAAUGUUAUAUUCGGCUAUGCCGAAUCUUAUAUACCCACCAUCAAAGCGUAUGCCGUAAAAUGAAUUCUUCUCAAUAAACAUCAGAGUGAUACUUGGAAUAUGGCGUAAGUCAAUUAGGAAUUAACGAAAUAUUUUUAAAAACUAAAUUUCAUUAUCCCGAUAAUAUCCGAUUUUCAAACCAUAAACAUACACAUGUAUAUGUAUGUACGGUACGAUCAAUAACAGACCGAUCAUUACAAAAUUCGGUAGAGUGAUUUCGACUCAUAUGAAACUUACUUCUUUAUACACCUAUUCUUAAGCCAGUAAUGAGCGUUAACGUCAUUUGAAGGGGUCCUUAUUUAGGAAACAAUGUCAAUUAUGUGCCGAUCUUCAUAAAAUUUGAUAUACAGAUUUUGUUUUGCAUUAAACUAAAUUCUUCCUUAUAAUCGUAUUAUAAAGCAGGAGGGCAUUAUUUGGGUCAAUUAUUGACCAAUACUAUAAAAUUUGACAAAAACAUUUUUAUUUCUAUAAAACUUGUUUUAUGUAUCAUUGACCAAUAUUUCGAAUGACAAACCAACAUACGACGCUUCUUUUUUGAUAGUGGGUAUAAAAAUACAUCUAAAGCAAAAAUAUGAUGAUUGCACGAGGUUACAAAAAACUUGCAACAAUAUUAAAUUCACAGAAAUCAUUGAAAUGUAUGUUGUAAUCAAAUGUAUAUAGAAAUUGUUAUUUUAAAUUUUAUAUUUUUUGUAUAAAUAUAAAAUUUUUGUAAAUAUUUAUGGUUAUUCUAAGAAAUAAGAAAUAAAAUACUACAGUACUGUACUCAUGCUUAAAAGUAUGGGAUGAAAAAUAUUACUUUUAAGAAGUAUUCCAGUAAAAACGUUGCUUACCUGGAAAUCAGCAAAUAAUAUAUUUGUUUGUUCGACGUGGUUUGGA